AUGUCGGCCCUCAACCUCCCAAAGCCCGUGAACACUUAUGCGGGUGAAGAUGAGCUUAGACAAAAAACGAAUGGAGUUGAAACGAAUGGGAAUGGAACACCUGCCGCUGAAGAUGAAGAGCUGGCCAUGGAUGACGAUAAACCGCUUAGAGCCAGUGAUAAGUUGAAAGUGGGAAUCAUCUACCCUCCGAGAGAAAUCAGAACUAUCGUCGAUAAAACUGCAAAUCACAUUUCUAAAUCACCUACACCUCUACUGCUCGAAGAGAAAAUCAGAGAACAUCAAAAGACAGAUGCGAAAUUCGCAUUCCUAAAUGAUGCUGAUCCAUAUCAUCAAUACUAUCGAUACAUGUUAGUGAAAGUCAAGGAAGAUGCAGAUGAUGCCGCCGCUGGAAUAUCAUCUACUCCAGCACCAGAAGAGAAGAAGGAACAGAAAGAAACGAUAUCAAAUGCUUAUGAACCUAAAUCGUGGGAAUUCUUAGUCGAUUUACCUGGUGUGACUGCUAUGGAUCUGGAUAUUCUACGACUUACGGCCUUAUUCCAUGCUAGACGAGGUAGAUCUUUCCUUUCCUCCCUUUCAGUGAAAGAAGGUAGAAACUACCAAUUUGAUUUCCUACGACCGACUCAUUCACUAUAUGGAUAUUACAACCGUAUGGUCGAGUCUUAUCAGAAAGUAAUGCAACCUCCACCUGGGUUGAUUGAGAAUUCGGUGAAAGAGGCUAAUGAUCCAGAGGCUAAAUGGAAGACAUUGGAAGAAGCUAGGAACAGAGCUGAGUGGGAAAGAGGUAAAAGAAAGAGGGAAGAUGCUAAAGCUAAAGAAGAAGAAGAAGAAACAAAAGCUUUCGCUGCUAUCGAUUGGCAGGAUUUCGUUACAGUUGAGACUAUUGAAUUCACACAAAACGAUGAACAACUGGAAUUACCUCCACCCACAUCAAUAGACAAACUACGAACGAUGAGUAUGGCAGAAAAGAGAAUGGCCGCUAUGGUAAUGGAAGAAACGGGUGCAGGACCAACUGGACCAGAAUCAUAUAAUAAUAGUCAAAAUCGUGAAAAUUUCAAUAAUCACAAUAAUAAUUAUAAUAAUGAUGAGAUGGAAAUCGAAGAAGAUGAUGAUGAAGAAGAGGAAGUCAGAUUACAACGUAUUAAAGCUGAACAAGAACAAGCUAGAGCGAAAGAAGUGCAAAGAGCUGCUCUUGAGAACAGAGGAAUGAAAAUCAGGAAAGAUUAUGUACCGAAAGGUAUUCAACGUGGUGGAGCUGUUCAAACACUCAAAUGUCCAAAUUGUGGUCAAUCAAUCCCAGAAAACGAGUUAUCAGAACAUAUGCGUAUCGAGUUGUUGGAUCCAAAAUGGAAAGAACAGAAGAGGAAUUUGGAUAUGCGAAGAGCUCAAGCACAACAACUGCAACAAGGUGCGGACGUCGUCGCAUCGCUCAAAAACCUGGCACAUGCAAGAACCGAUUUGUUCGGAGACGAGAUGGACGAAGCAGAAAGGAAGCGAAGAGAAGAAGAGGAGAAACAGAAAAGACGAGAAAGGGAAAAGAUUAUUUGGGAUGGUCACACUGCAUCUGCGGCCAAGACAGCGGAAACGUUCCAGAGCUCUUUCAGUGUGGAGGACCAGAUCAGGAAGCUACACAGCAGGAUUGGUUUGACGGAAGCGCCUACCAAUGCUGCAGGACCUCAAAUUGGACCGGGUGCUCCUGGACAAUCACAAGCUAUUCCACCACCACUGGCAGCUGGUUUGCAAACUCCAGGUGGAGGAACAGCGUAUUCAGGAGCAACGAUCUCCGCCGCUCCUACUGGACCCUCGACCAAAGAAUAUAUUUCAACACCUUACGAUCCCUCAUUCUCACCUGCUAAUCAACCACCCUCAGCUCCUUCAGCCCCAUCCAUACACCCUUCACGAAUGGCAGCUAUCAAUGCUGCAGGUGGAUCAUCUCCUGUCACGGGUCAGACUAGACCUUAUCAGGAUGACGGUUCAGCGGACAAACCAGUUUUCAAGAGGCCUAAGAUCGAGAAAUUACCCUAUGGUCAAUUAUACACUGAAACCGAUUGGACAUCAUUACAUCCUGAUCCAAUAAGUAUCUCAAUUCAACUACCUAAUAUGCCAGAAAAACCAGAAUGGAAAUUGAAUGGAUCGAUAAUAACAAUCCCAGAUUUGACAGUAAAAACACUAUUCUCAACUAUUAGAGAAAGGAUUAAGCGAAUUGUUGAUGCCGAUUUACCAAUUUCAAGAAUGAGAUUAGAUUAUGGAGCCAAAGUCAUGAACAACGCCAGUACACUAGCUUCGGUUAAUUUAGAUGACGGAGAUUUAUUGACUUUGGUAUUAAAGAAGAAGUAA